AUUUGCUUAGGCUUUACAAGGAGAGGUACUAACCUUGUCAACAUCAAUAAAUUCGAGGGGUAUAAACGGCUUGGCCGGAAACAACACGAUUAACCCAAUUCACCACACCGAGUUUUCUAAGAGCCACGGAGCACGAAGACGGACCCCUCUCCAUCUCUCUCUCUUUCUCCCUUCUGUCCCUCGCCCUUCGUUCAUGGAUGAAUGUCGGUGACCCUUAGCCUGCUAAAUCUAUCAAAUUGGGAGCAGAAGGAAAUGAAUCGAAGAUUUGGAGGAGGAAGCUGCAUUGCUAUCCGUACAGGUCAUUCGAUUUCUUCUAGAUUCCACCACGCUUCUGCUGCUUCUUUUUCGGAUCCUGCAAUUUGUGGAGCUUCUACGUGGAUAAGGAAGGGCCUUCCUUGUGUGUGUUUUAAUAAAAAAGCAAGUUAUGCAAGAAUUUUCAUGAACGUGACUCCUCUUCAGGCAAAAAGACUAAAAAGACUAAAAAACAGGACAAAGGUUUAUUACGAUGCUACCAGGCAAGAACAUCAGGAGGCUCUGAGGGCAUUAUGGUCAUCUGCAUUCCCAGGACAAGAAUUACAUGGGCUGAUAUCAGAUGAAUGGAAAAAAAUGGGAUGGCAGGGAAAAGAUCCAUCAACAGAUUUCAGGGGAGCUGGAUUCAUCUCCUUGGAGAAUUUGCUCUUUUUUGCAAAGACAUUCUCUAUAUCUUUUCAGCAUCUGUUGAGAAAACAAGGGGCUAGGGGAGUUGCAUGGGAAUAUCCGUUUGCAGCCGCUGGUGUAAAUAUUACAUUUAUGCUCAUGAAAAUGCUUGAUCUAGAUACUACUACAAAACCCAGGACACAUGUGAGUGCUGUUUUUGUACAUAUUUUGUCAGAAAACGAGUGGGCUUUUGAUCUCCUUUAUUGUAUUGCAUUUGUUGUUAUGGACAAAAAAUGGAUGGAGAAAAAUGCAACCUACAUGGAGUUUAAUGAGGUAUUGAAAUCAACAAGGGCACAAUUGGAGAAAGAGCUACUUUUGGAUGAUGUUCUAAGGAUUGAAGAUAUGCCAUCUUUUCGUCUUCUUCAUUAAGUAUUAAAAAUAACAGUGGCCAAUAGCCAUGUAAUUAAUUAUGUAAACCAUGUUCGAUGGUUGAUCACAUGUGUUGAUUCCUGGUAGCCAUUUUUUUAAUAUCAGGAUCAUAUUAAAAUUUUAAAAACACACAAACACACACAGAGUUUUGGACUUGGGACUGGUUUCAGGUAAUUGAGACCGGUCCAACUCAGGAUCGAGAACCAGACCGGCGGUCUAAUGGGAUGUGUAGCGUGAAAUGUGAGGCCGUUACAAAUUGCAUUAAUUGUAGUUUAAGGCCCUUUCAUUCUGUCGGU